CAGUUUGCCCAUAGAAGGAUUUGUCCUGUGUGCAGUUUGCCCACAGAAGGAUUUGUCCUGUGUGCAGUACCCCAAGUUUUCCAGAAAAUCGACAUAACAUGAAUGUCCGGACUAGUAAUACCUGUUCUUUCAAUCAAAGUGUGCUUGCCCAUCAAGGGUCUAGCAGUGAAUUAUCAGUAAAAGGCUAUCCUUGUCACAGUGUAUUGCGUUUGCCAAACAGGUGUAUGCUUCAUAAUAGGGCUGACAUCUUCCUGUGUAUGAAGCAGUCCAGCUGGUGGGUAAGAGUGUGGUGGGCUUGCACUCCUACUGGUGAAACCCACUCAAUGCAUUGUAGUUCAAAGUAACCAAUAUUAUUUCUAGCCCAUUGCAGUUCAAAGUCAAAUAUUUCUGGCUACUUCUACUAUGCCAACUGUCCACAACAUUAUAUAGCUACCAAUUAAGCUCCAACACCCCCAAUUUACCAUACCCAUUAUUUGGAGCCUUUGUGUUGUACUGUACGGUACUCUAUGCUAUAACCCCUCUUUUUGCUGAGCUGUGGGAAGACAUAAUUCGAAAUGCAUUGGCCACAGCUCUUUUCUUGCUGAAGUUCCGAACUUCUGAUUCAGAGGGGAUUUGCAUGUCUCUUGUGUUACAGAUUGCAUCCCUACGGUGGUUGAAGGGGCGUGCAACAUCUGGUUCAAGUCUAGAGUUUCAAAAAUUGUUGACUGUGGCAGAAAGCAACGUGACCCAGGCUGCGAGGCAGAAGAGGCCAGGUGUAGGAUCGGAUAAAGGUACUGGUGGAAGAGAUGGAGAGAUCAAAGAGGGAGGUGGACCGGGCCAAGGAGGAGCUGGACACAGAGGCCAGGAAGAGAGAGAUGGAGAUGGAGAAGUUCCCACAGCGUUGUCAGGAGAGUGUGGUGGAGAGGAGGGCAUAUAUUGCAAAGUAGGGCAGGACAUGCCUCCUGGAUUUUGAACUGAGUAGUGUAGGCUAGUAUAUAGCUAUAUAGCUAUUAGUGAGAGUGUAUAAUAUAGUAGAACAUGUUACUAUGCGACAAAAACCUUUUAAAGAUGGUAUAUAUAAUACUGCUGAGAAAGAAGAGGUUGAGGGUAGCUCGUCUUGUUGGAUUGCAGCUGGAGUUACCUCCAUUCUCCAGGUAGUGUAGGCUAGUUUACAUAAUAAAUAACAUGACGCUUUAAAUUAACCGAGGCACCAUGUCCACUUGGCAUGAAACCAGUCUCAGAAAAAAAUUAUCAUUGAAAAACAAACACACACACACAGUCAGUGGUCUAUGUGCGAGGAGACACUCUGCUCCACCAGGUAGGAGAGGCUGCGGCCAUCCAGUGGAGCUCGGGGACCUGGAUGGUGGAGUAUGUACGGUCGCUGUUUCAUCCCCUCCACUCUGGGAUUUGCCCUCUCUGAGACCGUACUCUGCACGCAGGACCUGUACCUCCUGUACAGGACACUCAGGAUCUAUACCAUGGCUCUUCUACAAGAGAUGUGGAAGAAUAAUGACAAAAGGAUUGAUUCAGGAAACGCUUGGGAUGAGCUGAUGGAACAGAUGCGUGAAAGUGACCAAGAACAAGAUGAGCCUGCUGCUUUUAAUGGGCGCGCCUUGGGACCCGCAGCGGAGCACAGAUCUCCGUCGCUGAAGGUGGCAGGCGAAUGACAGCGGAGUGGGGCGGUGGUGGGAGUUCUUCGCCGAGCAAGUACCACUCGGUGUGGCUCCGGCGAAACUGCCAGUGCCAGCAGUGCCUCAAUCCGCAGAACCAGAGCAUAGUGCUUUCCCACGAGCUUGAUCCGACAGUGACCCUCUCUGAGGCCACCAUUUCAACUGAUGGGAGUAACUUGGAGAUGAAGUGGUCAUGUGGCCACCAAGGCUUCCUCAAUCUGGACUGGCUACGAAAACACAGCUACUCUUCCAAGGUCCUUGAAGAGGGCAGGAAGAAGAUUUCUCCACUGUUUGCGACACAGAUGCCACAAAUGGACUACAAAGAACUAGAGGAUGACUAUGGAGUUUGGAAGUGGUUGAAGAAUGUUAAUGAAUAUGGAGUAUGCCUUUUGCAUGGAGUACCAUGCACUAAAGAAGACGGUUUGGAAGUGAGCAAAAAGAUUUGCCCCUAUUUGCAGGAAACAUUUUAUGGAGGGUUAACAGAGCUGAAAGUGGAGGACAGUGCAAUUUCCGUCUCGUAUGGACACGGCGCCUUGGAACCGCACCAGGACAUGCCGGAGUACGAAUCAUACACAGGGAUCACACUGAUUCAUUGUCUAAGGAAUGACAGGUGCGUGGCAGAAGGGGAGAGUGUCAUAGUUGAUGGUCUGGCUGUUGUGGAGAAACUGAGAAAAACUCAUCCUCACUACUUUGACACUCUUGUCAGAGUCCCCGCCACCUUUCAUCGCAUCAACCACACAUGGGACCGUCCAAUACACAUGGUCUAUAAGACGCCACACAUCCACCUGAAUGGCCAUGGACAAGUGAUCAUGAUGAGAUGGUCUACACAUCAUGAUGGUCCACUGCAAGUCAACGAGGAAGAUGUUGAGCCUUAUUAUGAAGCCUAUGCAUACUUGGCAAAGGCAAUAAUGUAUGACAAGGAGUGCCAGUUCCAUCACCGACUGGAACCAGGGGACAUGUUCACACUCAACAACCACAGGAUGCUUCAUGGAAGAAUGAAGAUCCAGCUCAAUGGGGGAACUAGACACCUCGCCGUAUGUACAAUAAUUGCAACUGUUUUCGAAAUGAAGGUGCAUGCACAAGGAGGACCCCUCUGAACAGUUGCCUGCUAAUGGACCUUAGUUAUCUGGGCAGCUUGGUACAAAGGGCCCUGUAUAUAAAUGUGAAACUGUCUACCUGAAAUUUCUACAAGAAUACCUAGGGUUUGAUUUGUUUUUUAGAUAAUUGCAGGCAGUAUGGUUGCGUUUAUGCCCACCCAUCAAUGUCCUCAGUGAAUGAACAUGUAAUCCAUUCAGGCACCUCUGGGCUUAUUAUGCAUUACAGGUUGGCGGGUAGGAACUAUAUACCUGGUUUACUGAAGU